GUUUUGAUUUUGUUUUUGUUUUUUCAUGUUUUUGCAAAUGGACCACGCGACUAGCAAUUUGAAGGAAUUCAUCACUGACUUGGUUAUUCCGCACCACCGUCGAAAUGUGGCCAUCAACGAGGACCACAUAACCAUGCUGGAGGGCAGUAAGAUCAAGAAGCAGCAUUCCCGCAAGCGGCGUGCCCACAAAUCGACAACGUUGACCAGGAAGGAGUACGCGAAGCUCGGAUUGAAUACACUGCCCACCAAGCAGAUGAAGUACGAGGAAGCCCUGCCGCUGCAUAAUCUGUGGAAGGGCUACGUCCGCGAGCACCUGGCAUUGCGGGAGGGCGGCGAGGUGCCCCAAGUCCAUGAUCCCCGCUACGAUGAGUUCAGCAAGCAGUUGGUAAAGUUGGAUUUGCACGGCGCCAAGUUGAGAGUCACGCAGUCCAAGUGCAGCACCCUGGAGAAUCUGUCCGGUAUCUGUGUGAUGGACACCAAGAAUGUGUUGAAGCUCCUGGGUAAGGAUCACCGGCUGCGAACCAUACCCAAGAGUGAGUGCGUUUUUGGCCUGACGGUGGGCAACAUGGAGUUCACCAUCUUUGGUCAGCAUUUAAAUAUCCGACCAGCGGAGCGUAGUGUCAAGAAGAUCAAGAACUAUGUGGAGCCGUUCAUGUAACUGACCUAAGCAGUGUAUUAGUGUUAAGAAUUAAAUUAAUUACUCAUUUAAAAUUAUAAAAUUUGGGAAGAAAGCUGUUUUUCCACUGGAAAGUCCCUGAAUUUUUGCCAAA